CGCCGCCCCUCCCAAAAAGACAUGUGCGCACAGUGUGCCAGCAGACAACUCUGAUGCACAGACAGCUGCCAUUCCUCUUUGGUCCCUCGUACAUUUCUCCCCUGCAUUGCCUCUCCCCCCUCUUCCCCUCUCAACUAUUCCCUUUCCGUCUGUCUAUCGCUGGCCCGCACUUUUCCUCAAGCGAAUAGAAAGGCAGGUCCUGUUGGAGAAUGCUUGUGUAAUCUUGGCUUCACAUGAGCACCAGAGUCUGCUUGCCUGCCUCAGCUGCAAAAGCUCACACAGACGAGCUCUGGUUUGCCCGGUGGACAAACUUAACAGAAAACUGAGGAAGAAGGAGCACCUCUGAGGACGCAGUUGGAAUUCAAAGUGCAGGAACUCGAUGUGCACCAUGCCGGGAUCUCUGGUGUUGCUGUUGUCCCUGUUGGUGCUCUCCACAGGAAGUGAUGCCAGACGAAUCAGGAAAAGAGGACUCAACCAAAAGGACUACGAGUAUCCCAACCACCCGCAGUCCACACAGCACCAGAAAAAUGACCGCUGCCCACCACCCCCUCAGAUGCUCCCAGAAAGGGCCUGUGAGGUGCCAGGCUGCCGCUCGGACUCAGAGUGUGAGCGCCAUAAACGCUGCUGCUACAACGGCUGCAUCUAUGCCUGCCUGGAAUCCGUUCAGCCCCCGCCAGUCCUCGACUGGCUGGUGCAGCCCAAGCCUCGGUGGUUAGGGGGCAACGGUUGGCUACUAGAUGGUCCAGAGGAAGUGCUGCAGGCCGAGGCGUGCAGUACAACAGAGGAUGGCGAUGAACCUCUCCACUGUCCUACGGGAUAUGAAUGCCACAUCAUCAACCCAGGAAAUCCUGCCGCUGGAAUCCCCAACCGGGGACAGUGCAUCAAGCAGCGUGCCAACUCUGGUAGAAUUUAUGGACGGGGUCUAAGGCACAAAUUUUUCAAGGACUACAAGGACUACUUAGGUACCAGCACAAACAACGCAGGAGGCUACGAGAAGCAUCACAAGCACAUGGGAUAAGCAACAUGUACCCCCUUUUUUUUCCUGCUUUCAGACUACAUUUUACAUUUUAUGUUGUAACCUCUCAAAUUAAACUGACAUCCCAGCUCCAGCACUUACACUUGCGUAAAGGCUGCUUUUCAUCACACUUCAGUCAGAAGAGAUUAAAAGCUACUACCUCCUCUAUUCUCCUCACAAAGCCGUAACCUCAGGCACGUUACUAUCUCACAGCCAAAGAAAGAUGGAACUUUGACACGUUAAGUGUCAUCUUUGAGUAAAGGAGAAGGAGAGAAGUAGUGAGGGUAUCAAUGCUGCUAACCAAAUAUCUCAAAAGGAAAAAAAGAUUAAUAAUAUAUAUUUUCCAUUGUCCAUGUAUGUAGUUUUUAUUCUUUCAACAUAGCAAUAAUCUGUAUUGAAUAAUAAAUUGUGUGGAGGGGCUAUUUUGUUCAAGAAAUAAUUAGAAAUAGGGAUGGGCAUAAUAAAUGAUGGUGUUAAAUUGA